CUGCAAGUGUCUGGCAAUACCCUGGCAAUCAACACCACAGUGCCUCGCCUUCUUAAGGGCGGUGACUUUGAUGUAGUCAUUGGAGAUGUUCGGUACUCAGUUGACAAUCCUGGGCACGAGCUGAAGAACGAGUACAGGCGACUAUGCAUCUCUGUGAAGAACCUAGGAGCGCUAAUGGAUGCAGAAUCUGUGCAUAC